AUGUCGUCCAGCGCCGCAGCAAUAGGCGACAUCUCCUUCGGCACCGGCCUCGACAUCUACCACAAAACGCUCCUUCCAGCCAUCGAAGCCGCCCAACAUGAAGUCCUCCUGGUGACCUGUUUCUGGGCGCGCUCGCCUUCCCUCGAAGCUCUAGGCGAAAGUCUCCUUGCGUUGAAUUCACGGGCAGUCGCGGAACACCGACGCGUGCGCGUCAGGAUAGGGUUCUCGUCGACGUCGAUCGUGCAGAAAAUCCUCGGCGGGAGUGGUCGGCCGAGGGUAUACUCCAGUCGGGAGUGGUGGGAGUUGCUGGGAUUGCCGAGGGAUUUGGGAGAGCUGCAGGGGUUGGAUGUCAGUGUCACGAGUAUUUUCUUUUUGCCUUUUAGUGUGUGGCAUCCGAAGUUUGUGGUGGUGGAUCGGAGGAGGGCGUACUUGCCGAGUUGUAAUGUCAGUUGGGAGGAGUGGUUUGAGGUGUGUAUAUCGUUUUCGGGCCCGAUUGUGAGGGAGUUUGUUGGGUUUUGGAUGGAGUAUUGGCAGGAUGCUUCUUCUUCUUCUCGAUCGGAUGAGGAGGCGGGAUGGGAUGCUUCCUCGACGGUCGAUAUUCAAGAAGCUGGGAAUGAUUUGACAAAGUGUCUGUUUCUUCCGUCGCCGCAUAAUCGCAAUCCCAACUUCCGUCUGCCCUGGCAGUCCUUCGCCCGUCCACCGCAAACACCGUUGAACGACAAGCUUCUAGAGCUCUUCGCUACCGCUCGCGAGGAGAUCUACAUUCAGACCCCAAAUCUAACUUCACCACCCGUGCUACAAGGCCUCACGGAUGCUCUACGACGCGGCGUGAAGCUUCAUAUUCUGACGAGUGCGCGACUCAUGAUACUCGAGCAGCUGGUUACAGCCGGUACCACGACCGAUCGAUGCGUACGUCGCUUCAUCAAGACGUAUCAGGACAUCUCGAAAUCGAAGCCACGUCAGAGUGACAUAGAGAUGGGUUUGUUGCCUCCAGGCCGACUGCAUAUCUCCUAUUAUCAACCUCGCGCCGGUGCGGCGAAUGAGCCCGUUCAGUCGCACGCGAAGUUGACGCUUAUUGAUCGCGAGGUUGUCGUGUUCGGAAGCGGAAACAUGGAUCGUGCCAGUUGGUAUACCAGCCAGGAACUCGGUGUGGCGGUCUAUUCCAAGCCAUUGGUGGCGAGCGUAAUGGAAAAGCUCAACAAAGAGACGAAUGGACGCUCUCGUGUUGUCUUUGAUAGCGCGACGCUAUGA